UGUCAGUGUCUCUCCUUGUCUUCAAAAUCGCUUCUUACUCCAGAGACUAGUUCCAUAAAGGUGGGCGGGGCAGAGAGACGCGUUGCGAGUGGUUCCGUCCAUCGCAUCACGCCGUACACGAGAGAGGAGCGAGGAGGUGAUGACGCUCAUCGAUGCUGCCGCUUCGACAGCCUUCGCCGCCUUAAGGCCGACACCAUCCAGCGGCGGCGGCAGCGGUGGCAUCGCGAGACAUCAACAGGGAGGAACGGACGCAAGUAGGUCCUCCGCUGCGACGCGAUUGGGCAGCAUCGAUCCGGUGCCCCCUCACGAAGACGAGAGAGGCGGACGAACAACGUUUCCAGGGCGUCUGUUUUCGUUCGGGGCGAUCGCCGACGUCCAGUAUGCUGACCAGGAUGACGGGUGGAACUUCACGAAAGACCACAGGAGGUAUUACCGAGGCGGGCUGCGGCAGCUGAGGGGGGCGGUCGACGUGUGGCUGAAGGAAGAAACGCACAGAUUCGUGCUGCAGCUGGGAGACGUCAUCGACGGGAGCAACAAAGCCCACGGGAAGUCCGAGACGGCACUGAGGAGCGUCAAGACGGAGGUUGACCGCCUCGCAGCCUCGCUGCCCCUUGGCGUGCUCAACAGCCUCGGCAACCACGAGCUUUACAACUUCCCCAAGCAGCGCUGGGCGCGGGAGCUGGACUGCUCGAGCCGCGCCAAGGCUGUUACCCUCCGACCCAGCGCUCCCGGUGCCGGCGCAGCGGAGACGAUUCCGACGCCCGUACCGUCCGGGCUUCGUCCGGAAACCGACAGCGACCAGCCUGCGGGACUUCCCCCCAGUGGCGAGCCGCUGAUCCUGGAAGCCGGUAGAGGGGCUGGGUAUGAAGGUAGAGGAGAAGAGGCAGAGUGCUUCUACUACAGUUUUUGCCCCGUGGACUCUUACCGAUUCAUCGCGCUCGACUCGUACGACGUCAACGCCAUUCGGGAGGAGCCGCGCCCUGAUGGGGAAGAUGCUGAGGGUAGCGGAAAAGACGAGGCGGCCGCGGGUGAUGGUGGGGGCGAUGAAGGGAUGCGGGUGCUCUUAAAGCACAAUCCGAACACGAACAAGAACGACGGGGGCGGGCUGGAGGGUCUGACGAAAAGAUUUGUGCAGUACAACGGCGGAAUAGGAGCCAAGCAGCUUCUCUGGCUGGAAAACCAGCUCACCGAGGCAAGCCGGGCGGGCCAGCGCGUCGUUGGCUUUGGACACGUUCCCAUACAUCCGGCGGAGCCAGGCCCGCACACCCUUAUCUGGAACUACGAGGAGGUGUUAGCGGUGAUGCACAAGUUCGACUGUGUAGCGAUGUUUUUGUCAGGCCAUCGCCAUAGGGAGACGUACUUCAGGGACGCAAAUGGGAUCCACCACAUCUCGUUAGCCGCCGCGCUCGAAGCCCCCUCUGAUCAGCUCCAGCGCUCAUGUGUCGAAGAUGUCCCCAGAGGAGACAAUCCGUGCGAGGAAUAGAGAAGCGUGCUCAUGAAGGACAAACAAAACUAUGCUCGCGAACGCCCGUAGGUUGUCCCACUUGAGAAGGGUGUAGCGUCAGCAACUAAGGAAAAGGCUAUAGAAAGCUCACGAAACCCUGAAGCGGCCCGACAACCUCUUGCUUUUUACAUGACAGGAGGCUUUCGCGAGUGUCGAUGUGUACGACAGUUGCUUGGAGCUUCGCGGUCACGGGGUAGUGGAGAGCCGUGUUUUGGAUCUCGCUGUUCCCGCGAAAGUAUCCUAGGAGCCAGCGGCCCGAAUGACCUGUUCUGUAGAGCGGCGCACUUCUCUUUCGCGUUGCCAGAUAUUGUAGAGGUUAAGCUUCUCUUUUGUCGAUCGUGGCGGAAGGUAAACCGUUGUUUGUUUGCAGGCUGGCGGUGGGGCGGAUGUGUGGUUUCCCUUCGAAUAAGAGGGUUCUUUCGUUGCGCCUGUCAAGGCGAAAGGCGGCGAAAUAUGGUCACUGGGGUAAUGAUAAGCUUCUUUCAACGCCGGUGCUUCCACAGAUUUAAGGACAAACGUUGUCCGCUUCUUAUUAUAGUGUCUAAAGCGUUGCACGCUAAGUCUGUGUCCCCAGUUUCAACAACGGCACGCAGGGCUCGCGACCGCAGACUCUCGAAGAGGCAGCAUGAAGCGC